AGUAAAUUGUCGUUGAACAUUUUCAUAUUUCAUUUAUCGAUUGCGAAUAAAUAAACUUAAAACCAUAACCAACCUGUACAGUGUGAGGUUGUUGGAAUCAUUUAUCUAAUCUUUUCGGUUUUUAUUCUCUGUUUAUAUUUGUUUUCAAAUUAUUAUUUAUUAUAAGCUUCAAGUUUCAAGACCAAAAUGAAUGAAACUACAAAAUUACGCAAGUUCAUAGUCAGCACAUUCUCACUCAAUGGUUUUACUAUUCAAGAGAGGGCAUGUGCAUACUUAGUACAACAGUUAGAACCAUUAGAGUCCAKAGAAGAUCGUGAUCAAUGGUUAGAAAAAAUUGUGGAUUAUGUACGCGUUUCGAAUACCAAUGAUGGAAACAUAGUAAGCUAUGAAUUACUGAGCAAGGCUCUUAAGUUCUGUUGUAAUCUACAAAUCCUUAAUGAUGAAGACAUAUUACACGUGACUCCUGCUUUUAAGUUACCUCGCUAUAGAUACUGCCCAACAACAAAAAAGUUUCAAAGAAUAAAAUCAGAAACAUCUAUGUUUGGUGAUGCCCAGUCAAAAAUUUCCCAAUAUGUUGACAGAUAUACUGUCAUCAGACAACGCAUGUCUAGAAUAAAGACUAUAACUGACGGGACUCUCAAUCAACCAUUGACAAUUGGUGAUAAAAUACGUGAUGUUGAUUAUCUUUUGAGUUCAGGAGCUUGUAGAACAUUUGAUCGCAGUUCCAAAAGUAAUUCAAUACUUCUGCUAGGUAUUUUAGUACAAUUGAAAGAAGGAGGUCGACAUUAUUUGGAAGACCCUACUGGAGCAAUAUCCCUUGAUAUUUCUGCAACAGAUUUCCAAAGAGGCUAUUUUACUGAGAAUUGUUGUGUGUUGGCAGAAGGCCGUUAUUGUAGUGAUCGUCAAGUUUUUUUUGUCACUAAUAUGGCUUUACCACCAUGUGAGCGUGCAGAAAUUAGCAAUGAUAUUAUUCAUACUUUUUUAUCUAUUUUAUCUAUUUUUAUCUAUUUUGUUUUUCAGUCAUCAUUUUCCAAAAAUAAGUAUACUUUUUCAGUGUACAUAACAGCUCAGCGACGAAUUGAAGACAGUAAUUUACCAGACGAUGAAUAUGACGCAGAUAAUACAUUAAUGGACAGUGAAGAUACUGUAGCAACAGUUGGAAAUCGUCCCAAAGUGAAUUAGUUUUAUGUCUAUUGUUACAUGUUCUAGCAGUGAUAUUUGAGAUUAUAAAGUGAUGUGAAUAUUAGGAUACGAUAAUAAAUUAUUUAUAUUUUUGUAUUA